ACUAUGUACUAUAAAACUUCCAACUUAGUGAAUCAGUGGGCAAGUUUUCUCUGCGAGUGACUGCCAGACUAAACUGCUCAGGAUGCGAGUGCUUGGGGAGCUGCUUACGCUGCUGCUGCUGCUGCAAUGUGGUUUGAUCAGAGGAGCGACUGAUCCAAUAUACCUGGUGGCAGUCACUUCUCAGGCAGUGGGUGGCAGUACAGAGACUCUGUGUGCACAGAUCCAUGAGCCCAAAGAGCCACUUAAUUUAGUGGUAACUUUGAUUGCCGACAAUGGGGAUGUGACCAUUCUAAAUCAGCAGUCCAUAAAAAGUGAUUUCUAUAAGUGUGUCCCCUUCAAGGUUCCUUCUGUGACUACAGAUUCUGUGGCAAAUGUCAAAGUUGCAAUCCAAGGGAACACAACAUCCAUACUUAAAACAACUCAGAUCCUCAUCAAACCUCCAACAAAGCUAAUUUUCAUCCAAACAGACAAGCCUAUCUACAAGCCGGGACAAACAGUUAAAUUUCGCAUUGUGUCUUUGGAUUCCAGUUUCUUGCCUCACAAUCAAGUGUUCCAAACAGUAGAGCUUCAGGACCCUAACUUCAAUCGCAUUGGUCAGUGGUUGAACCAGUCCACAAACAGUGGCAUUUUAGACCUCUCCCACCCCAUGACCCCAGGAGCCACUCAGGGUUACUACACCAUCACCGCUUGGGAUGAGAAGAACCAACAAACAUCACAGAACUUUGAAAUUAAAGAAUACGUUCUGCCAAAGUAUGAAGUGAACAUCCAUCUUCCACCCGUUAUAACCGUCUUGGACAAAGAGGUCACACUGAAAGUUUGUGCAAAAUACACUUAUGGAAAGCCAGUGUUGGGGUCUGUGAACGCUGAAGUAUGUGCACAACACUUUUUUUACUGGUAUCCUCGACCUAUGAGUGAAAAUCUUGAGGAAUCUAUGCCUGAAAUGCUUGUUCGACCUAUGCGUGAAAAUCUUGAGGAACCGAUGCCUGAAAUGUUUGUUCGACCUAUGCCUAAAAUGACUAACAUAUGCAGGAAAUAUUCUAUGACGACUGACAAGACUGGCUGUGGGUCUAAGGUGAUCAAUGUGACAGAAUUUGGCUUGACUUCAAGCGGAUCUUUUCAAGUGAAUGGCAAAGUGGAAGAGUAUGGAACAGGGGUAAUUCUGGAGGGUACUGCCAGAGCUGAGUUCACCAAUGAAGUUGUCAGAGUUUCCAUUGUGGACACAUUAGCGACAUAUAGGCCUGGCAUUGACUUUGAGGGAAAGAUUCUGGUCACUGAUCCAAAGUCCAACCCAUUGGAAAAUCAACAAGUGUAUGUCUAUGCAAAUUAUGGUGAUAAACGUGUGAAUGUGACAGUGACCACAGACAGCAAUGGUAUUGCUUACUUCUCCUUCAACACAACAGAUUGGUCAGAAUUACCUGUCUUUUUACAGGCCCAGCAUAAAGAGGAUAAAGACCAGUCUGUCAGAUCUUAUCAAUCAGGCUAUCUCUCGCUAAGUCCCUUUUACUCCAAAAGCAAAAGUUUCCUGAUGUUGGUGAAGGCUCCAGGCAAGUUCAACUGUGAGACUGAAGCAGCUGUGCUGGCCAGUUACAUCAUUCAAGGCAAUGCACUGAAACCGGGUCAGAAAACCUUGGAUUUCUUCUACAUGGUCUUGUCCAAAGGCAGCUUGGCUCAACAUGGUCGUCUCUCUGUGAAUAUGUUGAACGGAACAGAAAACAGAGGAAAACUGAGAAUCUCAUUAAAACAGACGGCAGCCCUGUCUCCGAUCGCCCAGGUGGUAGUGUACACGAUUCUUCCCAGUGGAGAAGCUGUAGCAGACAGUAUGGACUUCCCCAUUGAACAAUGCCUGCCGAACAAGGUGUCCUUAAAUUUCUCAUCUCCCACUGCACUACCUGGAGAGAAGACAUCUCUUAAACUGAAAGCCCAGCCUGGUUCCCUGUGCUCUGUGCGGGCUAUUGAUCAGAGCGUGCUGCUGUUGAAACCAGAGGCUGAUCUUAACGCAGACUUUGUCUUCAACAUGUUACCAGUCCAAAUGUUGUCAGGUUACCCAUACAAUGUUGAAGAGUGGGAGCCCUACAUCUGCCAUAACUACCUGGUUGAAAGACGCAAGCGCUCCCGUUUUUACCCUUACUACAUCAGCAAAAAUGAUGUUUACAACAUCUUUAAAGGAGUUGGAAUCAAAAUCGCUACCAACUCUGAUGUGAAACAACCUAUUAUUUGUAACUGGAUGAUGAAUAUGAAGAAUGUGGAUGGAGGUGCAUCUAUGGCUGCUGCUCAACCAGAAGCAAACAUGUUUGAUGGUGGACGUAUGAAAAGUCCUGUUGAGACCAUUCGCACAUACUUUCCAGAAACUUGGAUAUGGGAUCUUGUCCCUGUGGGGAGGUCAGGAUCUGUGGAUGUUGCAAAAACUGUCCCAGACACCAUUACUAAAUGGGCAGCAGGGGCUUUCUGUACAUCUCCUAUUGGUUUCGGAGUAGCCCCAAGCAUUAAUCUCACUGCCUUCCAGCCCUUCUUUGUGAGCCUGACCCUUCCUUAUUCUGUUAUUCGUGGGGAAGUGUUCACUCUCAAAGCCUCUGUAUUCAACUACCUCUCCAAAUGUAUCAUGGUGAAGGUAACACUGGCAAACUCAAAGAAGUUCUCUGCCAAACCUUGUAAAGGUUGCAAGUACACUCAGUGUGUCUGCGCUGGGGAGAGCAAAACAUUUGAAUGGAUUAUUACACCUUCUGCCCUGGGAGAAGUGAACUUCACAGUUAGUGCUGAGACCGUGAAGACCAAGGAACUGUGUGGCAAGGAGGUAGUGACAGUGCCCGAAAGAGGACGUGUUGACACUGUUGUGCAGACACUUCUGGUGGAGGCAGAGGGAACUAAACAGUCAGUCACUCACAAUGAACUCAUCUGCCUAACAGACCGUCCAGUGGAGACAACGGUCCCGCUCACUCUACCUAAAGUUUUUGUGAAGGAUUCUGCUAAAAGCUUUGUCACUGUACUGGGUGAUCUGAUGGGUCGUGCUUUGAAGAACAUUGCUAAUCUGCUGGCUAUGCCUUAUGGCUGCGGAGAGCAGAACAUGCUGCUUUUUGCCCCUAACAUCUACAUCCUUCAGUACCUGGAGAGCAGUGGGCAGCUCACUCCUGAGAUUAAGGGACGAGCUAAAACCUUCCUGGAGAGUGGAUACCAGAGAGAGCUGGAAUACAAGCAUGAGGAUGGAUCUUACAGCGCUUUUGGGGAGAGUGAUGCUUCUGGAAACACAUGGUUAACUGCAUUCGUGAUGAAGUCCUUCGGGGGGGCCAAGAAAUACAUAUUUAUAGAUGAGAAGUACAUCAGCCAGGCAAAGGAAUGGCUCGGUCAGCAGCAGCAGAAGAACGGCUGCUUCACCUCAGUGGGGAAACUCUUCCACAAUGAGAUGAAGGGUGGUGUCAGUGAUGAUGUGACUCUCACUGCAUACAUCACUGCUGCACUGCUGGAAUUAGGCAUUAAUAAAUCUGAUCCUAUGGUGGAGAAGAGCCUUGUAUGUCUGAAGGAGGCUUCCAGUAACCUGAACAACACAUACUUCACUGCCCUGCUCUCCUACACAUUCACUCUUGCUGGGGAUGCACAGAUGAGGCAGAGACUCCUCUCCAACUUGGACCAGCGAGCCAAGAAACAAGGGGUUGUGCAGUACUGGACUAAUGCAAACAGUGCACAACAGCCAGGCUCUUUGGAGGUAGAGAUGAGUGCCUACGUGUUGCUAGCGCUGCUCUCUGGACCUACGCUGCCUAAAUUUGGGCUCGGCUACUCUGCUAGUAUUGUGGGCUGGCUGGUCAAGCAGCAAAACGCCUAUGGAGGUUUCUCCUCUACACAGGAUACAGUGGUGGCCCUCCAGGCCCUCGCUAAGUAUAGUGCUGCCGUCUACAGUCCAGAAGGAGCCAUCACUGUCACUGUGACCUCCCCCUCAAACCAGAAAUACCAGUUCACCGUGAACCAGCAAAACAGACUUCUUUACCAAGAGAAAGAGCUGCAGCAACCAACAGGCAAAUACAAUCUGAGGGCAGAAGGCAAGGGCUGUGUGUUUGUGCAGUUUGCCUUGCACUACAAUAUCCCACCUCCCCCUGAUACUUCGGCCUUCGGCAUCAAAACAAAUGUGUUUGGAGUUUGCAACAAUACAAAGAACGCAGCUCUCACGUUAAAUAUCACUGUCAGAUAUAACGGCAAACGAGAUGAGACCAACAUGGUGAUCAUUAAUGUCAAGCUGCUGUCUGGAUUUAAGCUGGAUGAGACAUCUCUGCUGACUCUGAAGCAAGACCCCACCAUCAGACGUGUGGACCUGGACAAGGGACACGUCUUCAUCUAUUUGGAUAGGAUGAAAAACAAGGAGACAAAGCUUUUCACCGUGAAGCUCCUGCAAGACGUACCAGUAAAUAAUCUGAAACCAGCUGUGGUGAAAGUCUAUGACUACUACAAGACCAGUGAAAUGUCUGUGAGUGAAUACACCUCCCCAUGUGCAUAGAUAGUGAUGACCUGAAAAUGCCAUUGAUGAUAGCCAAGGAAACGUACUUCAGAACAUGUAUAGUGUGGUGUUAUUUAGUGAUGUUUCGAAAAGAACUGAAAGCUCAUUACAGCAUACAUGCACAAAUUUAAUGAUGUAAUUAAUACUGAUUGUGACAUUUAAAUUUAACUUGAACCUUCUCUCACUUUCUCACUCUUAAAUCAGAAGUAAUGAAUUACUGUACUGAUGGAGCGCCUGCUGCUGUUCAGAUGACACAUGAAUGUUUGUAUGUUUUGUGAUUGUGAAUUAAUUCCAGAUUUGUUAACUGACUUGGGAUGAGCUUUUUGCAAGGAUAAAUGCACUUUUACAUAUUAAACCAUUUGAAAAUUACUGCAUCUGAAA